AAGUAAUUAUCUUUAAUCCUUUCGUUUCGAGGCAUCGCAUCUCAUAGCAGGAGGAAGAGGAAGAACCAUUACACAGUCUGAGUGACAGUAUACUAAUUGAGUUUCUAUUAUGGCAUCGUCAAGCAAAGCUUCAAUUUCACAACAUCAAGUUCAUAUCCACACAACAGAACAACAAGAUAAUAACAAAAAAGAAUCAUCAUCAAUGAGAAAAGCCAUAGCACAAUACACAGAAGAUGCAAGACUUCACGCCGUUUUCGAACAAUCCGGCGCCAACUCUUUCGAUUACUCUCAAUCCAUCCGUUUAACUUCCCAACAAUCACCUCUCCCCGAACAACAAAUCACUGCUUACUUAUCACGAAUCCAACGUGGCGGUUUCAUUCAACCUUUCGGUUCUAUGAUCGCCGUUCAUGAACCUUCUUUUCGUCUUAUCGCUUACUCCGAUAACGCACGUGACAUGCUCGGUAUUCCACCUCAAUCUGUUCCUUCUCUCGAUGAUGACAAUUCUUCCAACACUUUCUUCGCAUUCGGUGUCGAUGUUCGUUCACUUUUCACUAAUUCGAGUUCAAUUCUUCUCGAGAAAGCUUUCUCCGCUCGCGAAAUUAGUCUCAUGAACCCUGUUUGGAUCCACUCUCGUUCUACUGGUAAACCUUUUUAUGGAAUUCUUCACCGGAUUGAUGUUGGUGUUGUUAUUGACUUGGAACCUGCGAGAUCUGAGGAUCCUGCGCUUUCAAUUGCUGGUGCUGUUCAAUCUCAGAAACUCGCUGUUCGCGCUAUUUCGCAGCUUCAAUCGCUUCCUGGUGGUGAUGUUAAGCUUCUUUGUGAUGCUGUUGUGGAGAGUGUUAGGGAAUUAACUGGUUAUGAUAGGGUUAUGGUUUAUAAGUUUCAUGAAGAUGAACAUGGUGAGGUUGUUGCUGAGAGUAAGAGGCCUGAUUUGGAGCCUUAUAUUGGUUUGCAUUAUCCUGCUACUGAUAUUCCUCAGGCUUCUAGGUUUUUGUUUAAACAGAAUAGGGUUAGGAUGAUUGUGGAUUGUAAUGCUUCACCUGUUAGGGUUUUUCAGGAUGAGGCACUGGUGCAGCCACUUUGUUUGGUUGGGAGUACGCUUCGUGCUCCCCACGGUUGUCAUGCUCAGUAUAUGGCAAAUAUGGGGUCGAUUGCUUCGUUGGUUAUGGCUGUUAUUAUUAAUGGGAAUGAUGAAGAUGGUGUUGGGAUUGGCGGUACGGGAAGAAGUUCCAUGAGAUUGUGGGGUCUUGUUGUUUGUCAUCAUACUUCUGCUAGGUGUAUUCCUUUUCCUCUUAGGUAUGCUUGUGAGUUUCUUAUGCAGGCUUUUGGGAUUCAGUUGAAUAUGGAGCUUCAGUUAGCGGUGCAGUCGUUGGAAAAGCGGGUUUUGAGGACACAGACUCUGUUGUGUGAUAUGUUACUUAGGGAUUCUCCUACUGGGAUCAUUACUCAGAGUCCUAGUAUAAUGGAUUUGGUUAAGUGUGAUGGUGCUGCUUUGUACUACCAAGGAAAUUACUACCCUUUGGGUGUUACCCCGACGGAGUCUCAGAUAAGAGAUAUUAUAGAGUGGUUGUUGGCUUUCCAUGGUGAUUCAACGGGUUUGAGUACUGAUAGUUUAGCUGAUGCUGGCUAUCCCGAGGCUGCUUCUCUUGGGGAUGCUGUUUGUGGGAUGGCUGUUGCGUAUAUCACUGAAAAGGAUUUUCUUUUCUGGUUUAGGUCUCAUACAGCGAAAGAGAUUAAAUGGGGUGGUGCGAAGCAUCACCCGGAGGAUAAGGACGAUGGGCAGAGAAUGCAUCCUCGUUCUUCCUUCAAGGCGUUUUUAGAAGUGGUGAAGAGCCGUAGUUUACAGUGGGAGAAUGCAGAGAUGGAUGCAAUUCACUCCUUGCAGCUUAUCCUCAGAGACUCGUUUAAGGAAGCUGAGAAUAACGAUUCAAAGGCUGUUGUGCAUACCCAUAUGGAAGGACUAGAGUUGCAAGGCGUGGAUGAACUGAGUUCUGUGGCUAGAGAAAUGGUUAGGUUGAUAGAAACUGCCACUGCUCCCAUAUUUGCUGUCGAUGUUGAUGGCCGUAUAAAUGGUUGGAAUGCAAAGGUUUCUGAAUUAACGGGACUUCUGGUAGAGGAGGCUAUGGGUAAGUCGUUGGUUCAUGAUCUUGUGUAUAAUGAGUCUCAAGAAACUGUGGACAAGCUUCUUUCUCGUGCUUUAAAAGGUGAAGAAGAUAAGAAUGUUGAGAUAAAGUUGAGGACGUUUGGCCUGGGCAAUCAAAACAAGGCAGUUUUUGUAGUGGUGAAUGCUUGCUCGAGCAAGGAUUAUACAAAUAAUAUAGUUGGAGUGUGCUUUGUUGGUCAGGAUGUUACUGAUCAAAAAGUUGUAAUGGACAAAUUCAUUAACAUACAAGGUGACUACAAGGCUAUUGUACAUAGCCCAAAUCCAUUGAUCCCGCCCAUUUUUGCAUCGGAUGAUAACACAUGUUGCUUAGAGUGGAACAAUGCUAUGGAAAAGCUCAGUGGUUGGAGCCGUGCAGAUGUCAUUGGCAAAUUGUUGGUCGGAGAGGUUUUUGGUAGUUUCUGUCAGUUGAAGGGUUCAGAUGCUAUGACAAAAUUCAUGAUUGUCUUGCACAAUGCACUUGGUGCACACGACACAGACAAAUUCCCGUUUUCAUUUCUUAACCGGCAUGGAAAGUAUGUGCAGACUUUCUUGACUGCAAAUAAGAGGGUUAACAUGGAUGGUCAGAUCAUUGGCGCUUUUUGCUUUUUGCAAAUUGUGAGCCCUGAACUUCAACAGGCUCUGUCGGUCCAGAGACAACAGGAUAAUAGUUCCUUAGCUAGGAUGAAAGAAUUAGCUUAUAUUUGUCAAGAAGUAAAGAAUCCCUUGAGUGGCAUACGCUUUACAAACUCUCUUUUGGAGACUACAUGCCUGACCGAUGAGCAAAAGCAGUUUAUUGAGACUAGUGCUGCUUGUGAGAAGCAAAUGUUAAAGAUAAUACGGGACAUUGAUCUGGAGAGCAUCGAGGAUGGGUCUCUGGAGCUUGAAAAGAGGGAAUUCUUGCUUGAGAACGUCAUAAAUGCAGUUGUUAGCCAAGUAAUGCUAUUGCUAAGAGAAAGAAAAUUACAGUUGAUUCGUGAUAUUCCUGAAGAAAUCAAGACAUUGGCUGUUUAUGCUGAUCAAUUGAGGAUUCAACAAGUCUUGGCUGAUUUCUUAAUGAAUAUGGUGCGUUAUGCACCAUCUCCAGAUGGUUGGGUAGAGAUUCAUGUAUGUCCAAGAAUAAAACAAAUUUCAGAUGGGCUCACUCUUCUGCAUGCUGAAUUUAGGAUGGUGUGUCCUGGUGAAGGUCUUCCGCCGGAAUUGAUUCAAGACAUGUUCCAUAACAGUCGGUGGGUGACUCAUGAAGGCUUGGGGUUGAGCAUGAGCAGGAAGAUUAUAAAGUUGAUGAAUGGCGAAGUCCAAUAUGUCAGGGAGGCAGAACGAUGCUACUUCUUGGUUCUUCUUGAACUACCUGUGACACGGAGAAGCUCUAAAAAUGUUAAUUAGGCCUUUUUGCAACUGUAAAAUUAAAGCCCAACUCUAUCACUAAUGUUGACCAUUAGAUAGUUUGUUGUCAUAUACUUAGCUCAUGCUCACCUAACAAGACAUCUUAGGGUACAAGCAUUUGAACAAGCUGAUUCGGCCAUUUAUCCAGUCUCAUGAAAUUCUACUAUUAAAUUAGAUUGUUGUUUUGCACCCUGACAAAACUUGUUUGGUACAGCAUGAAGAGCUGUUGAUUGAUUUGUAGCUAAAUGUAACCUAAAAUCUUACUGAUAAUAUUAUAGCAGAGAUGAAAUGCUAUGCCGGCGUGGGUGUUCUGUGACAAAUUUGCUGCAUUCGACACCACUCGAUGGUUGGAUUGAACUGCAUCCGUCUCCUGCUUUGUCCUCUGUACUGAAUGUAACUGCUUAUAUCAUCAUGUUUGUACAAAUAAUUGUAAAAUCAGUCUGAAAUAAGGGGUGUUCCCAGCCUUAUUUAUUUCGUCAUUGCUGUACAUCCCUUCCUUAUCUAAUAAAAGCUGGGUUAUCUGUAUUUUUAUGAA